CCAACAACGAAAGAAACCACCCACUGCAUCCAACAACCACAGCAAACCACCACCAAGCAUCUCACCCUGCGCAUUCGACCGCAAGCACACGAGCCAAGUGUUGUUGGUCUUGUGAUCAUGGCGCAUGUGGCCACACCAGCGGAUGUGCCAGUGACAGCGGACCUCGUGGACACAAACAACAAGACUACACCUGAAAUCAACACGACCGGCGUGUCUGCGGAGUUCUUGGAGGUGUUUCUGCGGGACCUGCAAUCAACCCAAGGCGCUCGGUACUACGACUUGACCACAAAGGAUGUGUGCGAUCUGGUCGUGAUCCCAAGGACAAAGGCCAACAAGCAGGCCUAUGUUGAUUUGGUGAAGCAUGACAACCCACAGUACCUCGGCAAGGCCAACGCGUUUGUUUCGCACGCGUGGAAGUACAAGAUUGUCGAUGUGGUGGGCACACUGCUCGAGUUUGCCAAGGAGCACCCGAACACCUUCUUUUGGUUUGAUCUCUUCAUCAACAACCAAAACAUCGCCGCUGAUCUCCCGCAGGACUGGUGGAGCACAACAUUCAAGGACUCCAUUGCGCAGAUUGGGCGGGUGGUGUUGGUGCUGACGCCAUGGAAUGACCCCAUCCCACUCACCAGGGCGUGGUGCCUGUGGGAAAUCUUCUGCUCGCUGAGCCAAGAGAACGUGGAGCUGAGCAUCCAGUUGCCGCACGUGCAGCGUGAGGCGCUCAAGGGCGCCGUCAUGACCAACUUCAACGCCGUGAUGGACACGCUCGUGCGCGUGCAGGCGGAACGCGCCGAGGCGUGGAACCCAAAGGACAAGGAGAUGAUCUUCAAGGCCAUCGAGGAAGGCGUUGGCUUUGCCACCCUCAACGAGAAGGUCAAGGACCAGAUGCGCGUGUGGUGCCUCGAUCGCGUCCGCGAGUUUGUCAAGGAGAUGGAAGGCAGCUCGCAGCGGCUGACGAUGCCGUUUGGCACGCUCUGCUACAGCGCAGGCGUGAUUAUGACCAACUUUGGCAAGCUCGACGAGGCAAUUGAGCUCAUCACCAAAGGCAUGGAGAUUGCCAAGGCCGUCAUGGGCGAGGACAGCCCCGGCGUGAGUGAGUGCCAGGUGGCUCUGGGCAACGUGUACAUGGCCAAGGGCCAGUUUGACCGCGCAAUUGAGUACAUGACGCAAGCGCGCGACGCCCGCAUCAAGCUGUUUGGCGGGCGCAAGCACCCUGGGGUUGCGCAGGCACUCAUGGGCCUCGGCAACAUCAGCACGCAGAGCGGCAAGCCGCAGCAGGCAGCGGAGUACUACGAACAGGCGCGUGACAUUGCCAUGGCAACGCUCGGGCCCAAGAGCCCCGGUGCCGCUGAUGCAAUUAACAACGUCGGCAUUGCCGCACAGCAGCUGGCGCAGUUUGAUAAGGCUAUCAAGUGCUUCAACCAGGCGCUGGAGAUCAAGCUGGAGGCAUAUGGGGAGCACCACCCCAGCGUGGCCGACACCCUGAACAACCUUGGCGAAGCAUACCGAAACUCUGCGCAGCUUGCGGAAGCCCUCAAGUGCUACAAGCGCGCCUUGGACAUCAAGACGGGCACCCUUGGCGCCAUGCACAGCAUCACAGGCGAUACGCUGUCGAACAUGGGCAUCCUCUACACCAUGAUGCAAGAUCUACCAAAGGCCGUUGAAACGUUUGAGCGCGUGCUCGCUAUUCGUCUCCGCGCAAAUGGCGAGAACCACAUCCACACCGGCUUGGCAUACAAUGAUCUCGGGGAGUGCUACCGUGAGGGUGGGGAUCCCAUCAGCGCGCAGAAGUAUCUUGAAAAGGCGCUGGAGAUUGAGCUGAGGACCGUUGGCGAAGCACACCCGGCGGUCGUCAACACGCUCUCCAACCUCGGCCUGGUGUACGGCAUCACGGGCGACAUUGAGCGGGCCAUCGAGUACCAGCAGCGCGCACUGCACUUGCAGAUUCGCCUCCUUGGGGAGCGCCACCCCCAGACGGCGGACGCGUACACACGCUUGGCAAACGCGCUCCUCACGGCUGGGCGCACCAUGGAGGCGGUGGACAUGCUGACAAAGGCGCGCAACGUCGCCAGCGACCUGCAUGGCGCCGAGCACCCGCGCACGCUGUACAUCACAGCCAACCUGGGGCAGGCCCUGAACCAGAUGGGCGACUACAAGAACGCGCUUGAGCUGCUGACUAAGGCCAAGGACGCGGCAACAAAAGGCGGCACGGGGGAUGGGGCCGUGGUUGGCGUCGCUGCUCCAAUCUUCGUCGCACUCGGGCAGGUGUACCAGGCCAAGGGCAACUACCCGGAGGCUGUCGAGGCGUACGCGCGUGCCCGCGAGCUGUGGGCGUCCAAGUUUGGGCCGGAGAGCGUGGUGACGCUGCAGGCGGUGGCGAGCCUGGCGCACGUCCACGCGGAAAUGAGGGACUUUGACGAGACAAUCAAGCUGUUCAACGUGGCACUGGAUGGCCUGCAGAAGCAGCAGAAGGAGGAGCAGGCGAAGCUGAUCAAGAAGCAGCAGCUGCACGUGCAGCAGCAGCUGAAGGAGCACGCCGGCAGUGCGGAGGCCGGCAUGGGCGCGGGCACGGGCGAUGCUGCCUCGCUCGGUGUUGGCGGCGGCGGUGUUGGGCGUGACGGCGAUAGCAGCGUGGCGAUGCACAUUGGCCAGACGUACGCGGCGCUGGCAGAGGCAUACGACGAGAAGGGCGACUACGCGGUUGCUGCCGACAUGGCUGAGAAGGCAAGCGCGAUGUUCAGGGAGGUGGUGGGCCCGACGAACAAGCAGACGCUGCGGGCGGAUGCGGGAAGGGCACUGGCGCUUUCGCAGCUGGACAGCGAGGAGGAGAAGCAGAAGGGGCUGGCGCUGGCAAAGGAGGUGGUGUCGGCGCUGGUGGCCACGUUUGGCGAGAACAACGCGGAGACAGCGGAGGCGUACUCGACGCUGGGGCGCGUGUACCGGCACCUGGGCGACAGCGCGCACGCCAUUGAGUGGUGCAAGAAGGCGGUGGAGCAGCGCAAGCAGCUGAUGGGCGGGGACAGCCCGCUGGUGCUGCCGCUGUACCACAUGCUUGGCAAGGCGUACGAGAGCGCGGGCGACUUGGAGGCGGCGCGAGGGCAGUACAUGCUGGCGCGCGGGAUUGCCGCGCUCAAGGUGGCGGAGCGGCACGUGCUCCGGCGCAAGCUGGAGGAAGAUCUCACGCGCGUGCGCCGGGCGCUUGGCGAGGACGUGGAGGAGGAGAAGGAGGAGGAGAAGGAGGAGGAGGCACACAAGGGACAAAGCAGGAAGGAGAAGAGGGAGGAGCACCGACGCGAACGGCGGCAGCACAAUGACGAGAAGAAGGAGCACAAGAGGGAGGAGAAGGAGAGGAAGAAGAGGGAGAAGCAUGAGGAGAAGGAAAGGAGAAAGGCAGAGAAGCAGCAGAAGAAGAAAGAGAAACACGAGAGGAAGCGAGGAGAAGAAGACACUCGGGGCCGCCACUCAAAGUCCUGCACCAUUGCUUGACUUGCUUGACUUGCUUGCUUGACUGUUGCCGUUACUUUGCUUGUGCUUGAGACUGUUUGUUACUUGAUGUGAGCUGUGUGGGUUGUGUCACCAUCGCCGCGUCUUUGCGUUGCAUUCAUCAAAAUCAAAAGCCGCAAGAAGCAAGCAAGACAGCUGCAACGAUGGU